UCGUCACAUGACGCAGGGGGGAGAGCUCCGCCCCCGGCUUCAGGGUUUUGUAAAGGGUCACGUUGCGCUGCAGCAGUGAAACAGGAGUCCCCCGCAUCCUCGGCACUCAGCUCACCUGCUCUUUCUGCGCCCAGACACCCAUUAACAGCCGCCAUGACUCACCAAUACCCUGCACUUACUCCUGAGCAGAAGAAGGAGCUGCAGGACAUUGCUCAGAGGAUAGUAGCUCCAGGAAAAGGCAUCCUUGCAGCUGAUGAGUCCACUGGCAGCAUGGCGAAACGUUUGAACCCCAUCGGGGUUGAGAACACGGAGGAGAACAGGCGUCGUUACCGCCAGCUGCUCUUCACAGCUGACCAGCGCAUCGACAGCUGUAUCGGAGGGGUCAUCUUUUUCCAUGAAACCCUCUACCAGAGCACAGACGAUGGCACUCCCUUCGCCAAGCUCAUCAAAGACCGCAGCAUCGUUGUUGGCAUCAAGGUGGACAAAGGUGUUGUGCCCCUCGCUGGAACAAAUGGAGAGACAACCACUCAGGGCCUGGACGGGCUGUCUGAGCGCUGCGCGCAGUACAAGAAGGACGGUGCAGACUUCGCCAAGUGGCGCUGUGUGCUGAAGAUCAGCGACACCACGCCUUCUGAGCUGGCCAUCUUUGAGAACGCUAAUGUUCUGGCACGUUAUGCUAGCAUCUGCCAGCAGAAUGGUAUUGUUCCUAUUGUGGAGCCUGAGAUCCUUCCUGAUGGAGAGCAUGACCUGAAGCGUUGCCAGUACGUCACUGAGAAGGUGCUAGCUGCAGUGUACAAGGCCCUGUCAGACCACCAUGUGUACCUGGAAGGAACACUGCUGAAACCCAACAUGGUCACAGCUGGACACUCCUGCCCCACCAAGUACAGCAGCGAGGAAAUCGCCAUGGCUACCGUCACCGCCCUGCGUCGCACUGUGCCUCCUGCUGUCACAGGAGUGACAUUCUUGUCCGGUGGCCAGUCUGAAGAAGAGGCCACUGUGAAUCUUAAUGCCAUUAACAACUGCCCUCUGGCCAAGCCCUGGGCCCUGACUUUCUCCUACGGCCGCGCCCUGCAGGCCUCUGCCCUGAACGCCUGGAGAGGAGAACUGAGCAACGAGAAGGCUGCCACCGAGGAAUUCGUCAAACGUGCUGAGGCAAAUGGCCAGGCUGCGCUCGGCAAGUACGAGUCUUCUGGAAGUGGUGGCGCCGCUGCACAGUCCCUCUACGUGGCUAAUCAUGCCUACUAAACAUCAAAUUACCACAUUCAACUGUGGUCUUCUCGUAGUCUUAUAACUGCUCUGCUAUUCCCCCUCACUCCUCCAUCAAUCACAGGCCUGCACUGUCUGCUGUCUUUAGAGUUGUCAGAGUUAUUAAAAUUACCUUAUAGGACAUGCGUAUUUAAAAACAUAAUGUGAAACUAAAGGGAACAAACUUGUAUUUUCUAUUUAAUCAAACAAAUCAAAACACGUUUGAGACAAUUUAUGACUGAAGUGGAAAACUAUUUUAUGUGUCUUUAACAAUUAUUGGGCUCAAAGACAGAAAGAUAGAGGCUGCAAAAUUUUAACUGUAGACCAAGAUAAUCAGUCAGUAUUUAAUUCAUGUCUCUUCUUAACUGCACCUGUCUCUAUUCUUCAACCACUGCCAAGCAGGCCAGAUCAGCAUGUAUGUGUUGGUGUUUCGCUUCUGUCAGAAUGCAGUGUUGUCUCAUCCUUAAAACGCUAUACUAACAUCCUCCCUGACAGCGGGACCAAUCGAUUAUUAGUUGGCAUCACUGUGUCCGUAAAGACAAAAGAUCACAUGACUUUUCAGACGGAGUUCAUCUCUUGAGCGACUGUCCACAAGUGUGAAAAGCUUGUUGUAUUGUCAGACAGCUCCAGCAGGGGUCAGUAGACCGCUCUGUAACAAACCACAGCACACCAGGAUUCAUCCAACUUUUUUGUCCUAACCUUUCUGUUCACAAGCUUUUAGUCAUCACUGAAACACCUUGUGUGUCUAUUCUGAGUAUAACAUUAGCUUUAAAUUACAUACAGUAAUUAAUGUAUUCAGUUGUGUGAAGGUGUCUAUAUUGUAUGAUGCUUGUGUGUCAUCCCCCUUCUGAUUUCCCCCAGCACACCCCACAGGAAGAGGAGAUGGUUUCUAUAAGUGUACUCAUAAUGUGGACCAAUAUGUGGGGUUAACAGUGGGGGAAACGGUCACUGCUGUGUUGGAAUACUGUGAUGUUCGUGAUGUUAAUAUUGUUCUUGAAGCACUUGGUGUGUCAAAUAGUGGAGACAAAUAAACAUUAAAAACUA